UCGCUAAACUACAUAUAUAAAAAUUAUUAAUCAUUGCCUAAAGGAAACACUUAAGAACUCUCUGCCGAUGUAAUACUUUCCAUUUACAAAAAAUCUAAGAAUUAAGUCCCAACAAACAACAGAAAUUACUCCACUAGGAAAUAUUUAAAUACUUGGGGUGCAGGUGCAAUAAGUUUUUAGCAAUGAAUCGUGUCGACAGACGCCGUAAUCACAUGUCGUCCUUGGAGGAACUCUGGCAGAAGGAGUCGCGAUUUCUGGAGCAGCUCUUCGAUGACCACACUCCAUUUGCUUGCAAGGAUCUCAUGGAGUUCCACGACUAUGUCUACUACCACUGCUCCAGUUUUAUUCACAAUCCCAGUGUGGGUUCCCAGGAGCCGGGAAAACAUCUAUACGAAGCAUUGACCCAUUACCUGAACGCUUUACUCAAAGAAAUAUCAACGGGAAUGGAAAAUAUUCUGAGUGACGAGGAAUUAAUCGUUAGGUACGUCGAGCACUGGCAGCUUUAUCGCAAAGCCUGCGAGGAUUUGGAUCGAGGAUGUCGGUAUCUCAACCAAAACUGGGUGAAACAAGAGCAGCUCGAGGGCCACAAGCACAUUCAUCACGUCUAUCGCCUGGCCAUGAUCCGGUGGAAGGAGCUGGUCUUCAGUCCCAUCGACAGGGCCUUGGUCACCGCCAUUAGUCUGACUUUAAGGCAGAAGCCCAGGGAAAGUACCAGAUCCCUGGUCUACCAGGCGCUUCGAUCGAUUGUCGAGCUGUAUGCCAAUGAUGAGAGGCAAGAAGUGCCGGUGCCAGCCAAACUGAACAAUGUUUUCACCGAGGAAGUGGUGGGCUUCUACAAGUCAGAGACCCUGGCCGAAUUCCAAAGGAUCAUCUCCUCAAAUAUCUUCUCAGAUUUCAAACACUUCCUCAAAUACGCCUGCCUAGCCAUGCCAGAAAUCCAAGAGGGGCUGCAGUUUAAGGCAGUUCUGAAGAAGCACCUUGCUUUGCUGCUAGAAAAGGCCAUUGCGAAAUCAUUGGGAGGAAAGGAUUACAUACAAGCCAUCCUGGGAACACGAAGAAGCGCCUUGGAGCGGGCCAUGCGGGAUCACAAACCUCUGGUGGCCGUGAUCGAUGAGGUGUGCACGGAUGCAAUUAACAGAAUGGACCAGAAACGGAAUCCCAUCGGUCUGUUAAUCACAUACUCCAACGAACUAAUGACGAAGAAGUCCAGGGAGGAAAUUACAGAAGAACUUAAGCGUAUCGUUGAUGUUAUGGAGUUCCUGAACGAUAAGGACAAGUUCAUUCAACAAUAUUGGAGAGUUCUGAGAACGCGACAAAUCAAAGAGUCAUCAUCGUGGGACGGAAAUGAGUCGACCAUGAUUUCCCUGCUGUCCAAGAGACUCGGACAAAAUGUAACUGCAGAACUAACUGACCAGUUGAAGGAUUUCGAAAAUUCCAAGAGAGUAAAUGAUAAAUUCCAAAAUCAUUUAAAAAUCAAUGGCAUUAAACUGGGAUUUGAUUUUCGUCUCAAGUAUUUUUGCAACCGAGGACGUGAUGAGAAUUUUAAGCUAAUUCUGCCGAGCGAACUGGAAAAUGCUGUACAGGAGUUUGCAAAAUUUCACACAGAGAAACGUUGUGUAAUUGUAUUCAAUCACCAAAUAUCCUGUGGCGAGAUAAUCUGGAAUGCUGGUCAGUCGACCCAUAUCCUUGAGGUGAGCACUUUGCAAAUGUCGAUUUUGUUGCUCUUCAACGAACAGGAAAGUUUCACGGCGGACGAGUUGGCGGAACGAUUGGGAACAAACAUCGAGACGAUUAAACCGGUACUCGCAUUUUGGAUACAUAUCAAAUUUCUCAUUUCCAGCGGGUCUUCUGUGGAAGUGAAUUCGGAUUUUACAAACAGGAAGCGCCGACUUAACUUUAACAAGACUGCGGAUGCAGCUAAAACGAGAAAAAUUGAAGAGAAAGAUGAUCAUAAAUUAAGGCAUGAGCGAAAGUUCAAUAUGGAUGCUGCAAUAAUGCGCAUUAUGAAAAAGCAUAAGAUCUUGGAAAAAUCGCAGCUAUUUUCACUUGUUAUUGAGGAGCUGAAGAAGUUUUUUACACCAUCUAUCGGAUUCAUCAAAGAAAGAGUUGAUGCUUUGACCAAGAAGGAAGACCUGGAGCUUUGUGGACCUACCACGUACAAAUACGUUAGCUGAGAAAACAAAGUU